UCAGGGGGCAGAAGACUUGCUUUGCACCCAGAGCGCCCCAGCCCCCGGAACAGCUGCUCCACCUUCCACUUCCCACCUGUAAUGCAGGGUGAAGUGGCAACUAGUUCUUCAAGUCCCGUGGCAACAUCUGCUUUGCCCCUGCAAUUCCAGCCCACAUCUGUUCCAUCCUUACUCUACGAGGGACAAAUCUGCACAUUACCAGGCUGCCUCAGAAUCCAGCCCUCUCUGUGGAGCAAAGAUGAUGUGAGUCACUGGCUGAGAUGGGCUGAAAAAGAAUAUUCACUCAGGGAAACAGAUGAAAGCAAGUUUGAAAUGAACGGGAAAGCUCUGUGUAUUCUCACCAAGGAAGAUUUCAGAUUGCGGGCUCCUAACUCAGGAGAUGUUUUGUAUGAAUUGCUUCAAUAUAUUAAGACAAAGAGGCGAGCCCUUAUUUCUAGCCCUUUCUUUAACUCUGCCCUUCGGGAUGCAGAACACACACAGGCUCAGAGUGCUCCAGAAGGCAUGAGAUGUAAAUUAGAUGGUCUCUCAGCUGAUGGCCAUUCACACCCAAAAGAAAGGUUGAUCAUCCCUACAAGUCAUCCAAGCCAUGCAGACCAGACUAGAUCUCCAACCAAGAUCUUCUACAGCCCUGGGUCCAUCAGUCUCUCUGAUCAUAAUUUGGGGAUCAAUUACAGGGGAGAUAUUAUUUGCUCGUUUCCUGGGACACCAGCUCCAGUCAGUGGUAAAAUUGCAGACUGCAGGUUACUUUGGGAUUAUGUCUACCAGCUCCUCUGUGACAGCCGAUACGAAGCAUUUAUCAAAUGGGAAGAUAAAGAGGCCAAAAUAUUUCGCGUUGUUGACCCCAACGGACUAGCCAGGCUCUGGGGUAAUCACAAGAACCGUAGGAACAUGACGUAUGAGAAAAUGUCAAGAGCUUUGAGACAUUACUAUAAACUGAACAUCAUCAAAAAGGAACCUGGGCAGAAACUCUUAUUCCGAUUCCUGAAAACUCCUGGAGAGAGAAAACCUGACAAGUCUAGUGAAUUUGAGCAGCUGGACAAUGAAGAGCAGGAAGGAGAGGACUGGAAAGAAGAUGUGCUGGAAAUAUCACCAUAGAACAUUAGCCAAGCCACAGAAGCACUUAGAGGCUGCGUUGUGCAAUGGAAAAGCUUUAAAUGACUGGACGAUGUGAAAUGAUGUUUCGGAGCUUGUGUAUCCUGUUGCUUCCUACAGUUCAUAUUAAUCCACUGGACCUCUGCUGCCUUAGAAUCAGACCAUCAGCUUUUAAUCUACUGCUGAACUGUAAGCAAACUCUGUGCUUAUAUAGCAGUCAGCAUUUCUGUUUGAAAAUGGCAGUGCUCUGAAUCACAUAUCUAUAGCCACUGCCCAUCUUGUUGCUGGGUGAUUUGUAAGCCACUCUUUCAUAGACCAGCCUCUUAAGAUCUAUAGAUCCAUAACCCCAUAAUUCUGCUAUUUUUUUGAUUGUGUGUGUGUGUGUGUGAACGCUCUCUCUACAUUUUAUAAAAGUGUGAUGGUUUUGCCCAUCUACUACAGCAUCUCAGAUGCUCAUGGGAAGCCCAAAACAGGACCUGAGUGCAACAGCAUUCUCUCCACUUCAGAUUCUCUGCAACUAGAACAAGACAACUUGCUUGGCCAAUAUACAAACACUACAUAAGCUGAUUGGGACCAUUAGAGUUUAAAUAUUUUCACAUAUUUGGUUAAACCAUUUGAGUAGCAACAAUUGGCCUCUCUAAAGUGGAACAUCCUGAAAUUGCAAAACCAGCUCCUCAAACUUUUUAGAGUGGCCCUUAGAUGUUUUCAGUGUAGACCAGGGGUCAGCAAACUUUUUCAGCAGGGG